GAGCUGAAAUGAGUGCCCCUUUCCUGCCUCCGCCAAGUACUCGUUGCUCACUGUCAACGACAAUGGUACCCAUCGCCGGCCAUUAUACGCCCGUUAGGCACCCUUCUUCUAGUAUCUCGUCGCCGCGCUUCCCGUCUACGAGCUCAGCCCCUCAUCUGUCCCAGUGCCCAAGUAUGAAAGACCUCCGACUGGUAGACUGACAGUAUCCUCCGCUCCUUCACCGCAAUCGCCCGCCGCAUGUACACCGCCAAGGAGACCUCGGCAGCGAUCAAGACGCCCAGAGCGGCAGUCCAGAGUCCAAAAAACGCUGCAACGUCGGCGACAACCCUCCUAUCAGCAGCACGAGGUCGUCGAGCUCCCGGGGCGAUGGCGCCGAGGCCAACAGCUCCAUCAGCCAGACGGUCGCCACCCUUCAUCGGCAUGCCCAGCAGCUCCGUGGGGAACAGCCCGAGCACGAUGGACAACAACGGCCACCACCAUCACCCCCAUCGUGUUGAUAAGGACGUCGAGAUGUUCAAUGCCGACGCGAACGCGGAGGCCGAGAGCGAGACUACGCCCCAGAUGCAGCAGCCACGCGGGCGCAACGGCCUCCGACGCGUCGCCCUUGAGCAUCUCGCUCAAGGAGGUCGGCAACCCGAGGGUCAAGCGGAUCGCGCCGCAGUCUGCGCCGCCGGCGUCGACUGCGGAGAGCGCCCCCUUCAAGUCGACGCCUGUGCUGCCCGCCGCUACCUCGAAGACGCACAGCCAGACGUUGCCGGCAAGACAAUCCCUAGCCUCACGGUUGUGUAUACGCCCGCUUCAGCGACUCGGAAUCAGUGUCCGACAAAGACUACACAUUCCUAUUCCCGAAUCAGCCCUCGUAGCAAACGACCUGUGUAUUCGAUAGUCGCAAAUAAGCAUGCCAUCUUGCAAGGGCAAUAGACCGAAUAAGUUCUGCACCUGUACUACGCACUGCGGCGGCGGCAAGCUUCGGGCUGUGCGAACAUGGCGCCUACAUGCACCCUACCGGGAACCGAACGAGACCUCUCAAUACUAGGGUACACGGAGUUUGUCGCAGGGACUACGAAGGACGU